AUGAAGCCAGUCCCCCUGCUCCUGCUCCUCUCCUCGGUCCUCCUCUCAUCACACCUCCGCCCCGCCGCCGGCAGACCGCGCGUCCUCCCCGGCUGGCUGGAUGGCAGCGGCGGCCGCCUCCAGACGCAGCGACUGGACGAAGUGCUCCUCAGAGCGGCCGCCGCCGGGGACAGCACCGCCUCGGAUCUACUGGGCGACAGCAUCCUGAGGUUUCUGCAGAGGAGGAACGAGGACCGUCUCCACCUGCUGCCUGCAGAGGAGGAGAGCGAGGACGAGGCGGUGAGGACGGCGGCGGCGCAGCUGCUGAAACGGAGCGAGGAGCCGCCGCUGUCCAUCGACCUGACCUUCCACCUGCUGAGGAAUAUGAUCCAGAUGGCCAAGAUGGAGAGCCAGAGGGAGCAGGCUCAGCUCAACCGCAAAGUGCUCGACGAGGUCGGGAAGUAA